GCUGCCUUCGAUACUGUGAACCAUCAGAUCCUCCUCUCCACCCUCUCCGAGUUGGGCAUCUCCGGCGCGGCCCACGCUUGGAUUGCGUCCUACCUGACAGGUCGCUCCUACCAGGUGGCGAAUCGCAUCUCUGCAUGUCUGGCAGACAUAUCAGUGUGGAUGACGGAUCACCACCUCAAGCUGAACCUCGGCAAGACGGAGCUGCUCUUCCUCCCGGGGAAGGACUGCCCGUUCCAUGAUCUCGCCAUCACGGUUGACAACUCCAUUGUGUCCUCCUCCCAGAGCGCUAAGAACCUUGGCGUGAUCCUGGACAACACCCUGUCGUUCUCAUCUAACAUCAAGGCGGUGGCCCGUUCCUGUAGGUUCAUGCUCUACAACAUCCGCAGAGUACGACCCUGCCUCACACAGGAAGCGGCGCAGGUCCUAAUCCAGGCACUUGUCAUCUCCCGUCUGGAUUACUGCAACUUGCUGUUGGCUGGGCUCCCUGCCUGUGCCAUUAAACCCCUACAACUCAUCCAGAACGCCGCAGCCCGUCUGGUGUUCAACCUUCCCAAGUUCUCUCACGUCACCCCGCUCCUCCGCUCUCUCCACUGGCUUCCAGUUGAAGCUCGCAUCCGCUACAAGACCAUGGUGCUUGCCUACGGAGCUGUGAGGGGAACGGCACCGCAGUACCUCCAGGCACUGAUCAGGCCCUACACCCAAACAAGGGCACUGCGUUCAUCCACCUCUGGCCUGCUCGCCUCCCUACCACUGAGGAAGUACAGUUCCCGCUCAGCCCAGUCAAAACUGUUCGCUGCUCUGGCCCCCCAAUGGUGGAACAAACUCCCUCACGACGCCAGGACAGCGGAGUCAAUCACCACCUUCCGGAGACACCUGAAACCCCACCUCUUCAAGGAAUACCUAGGAUAG